CACGCGGCGCGGCGGAAGAUGGCGGCGCCCGUGGCAGUCUGUCACGUCGCCUGCUGCGCCAGCCGGGCGGGCGGCGGGGCCGUGUCCUGGGGCCGGCGGGGGCUCCUCGCCUUCGGCAGCUGCCGCGACGUCGUCCUCUACGACCCGGCGGCGAGGCGGGCGGUCGCCGCGCUCCGCGGCCACGGCGAGCGGGUGAACUGCGUGCGCUGGGUGCGCCGGCGGGACGGCGCUUCUGAAACAGAGCUAAUUUCUGGUGGAUCUGAUAAACAAGUCAUUCUUUGGGAAUGGAAUGGAAAAGGAACAUGGAAUAAUCAGCUUGUGAAAAGCAUUCCUCUCAAAGGCCAUGCUGAAGCUGUUUGUGCUGUGGAUGCUGUCUACCAGCCAGAUGAACCUGGUAUCAGUGUGCUGAUAGCUUCUGCAGCUUCUGACUCGACUGUGAGAAUCUGGUCUUGGCAUGGUUCAGAAGCUAAAUGCAUUGAAAUUCUGCAGUUUGGAAAUGGAUUUGUUAUGGAUGUCUGCUUAUCCUUCUUGCCUUGCAGCAAUGCACCUGUAUUGGCUUGUGGUGGUGAUGACUGCAAAAUACAUUUGUUUGUACAGCAGAAUGGCCAGUUUCAGAAAACGUUGGUACUCCCUGGCCAUGAAGAUUGGAUAAGAGGUGUUGAAUGGGCAGUGUGUGGUGAAGACCUUUUCUUAGCAAGCUGUGCUCAGGAUUGUUUGAUAAGAAUUUGGAAAGUGUGUGCAAAAUCAAAGCAACUUCCAGAAAUUGAGGAUGGUUUGAUAAGACUGAAAGAGAAUGUUUUUACUGUCAAAGAUACUGAUACAACAUACGCAGUUACUUUGGAGUCUGUGUUGGCUGGUCAUGAAAACUGGGUGUAUGCAGUUCACUGGCAACCUCCAUUUUCCAAAGAUGGCAGCAUGCAACAACCAAUGAGGAUAUUGUCUGCGUCAAUGGACAAAACUGUGAUCAUCUGGGAACCUGAUAAGGAAUCUGGAGUCUGGCUAGAACAGGUGCGGGUAGGUGAAGUGGGUGGCAAUACCCUUGGAUUUUUUGACUGCCAGUUUAGUCCAGAUGGUUCAAUGAUCAUUGCUCAUGCUUUUCAUGGAGCACUACACCUUUGGAAACAGGCUACAGUUAAUAAGAAAGAAUGGACUCCAGAAGUUGUGAUUUCAGGACACUUUAACAGUGUAGAAGAUGUAAAGUGGGACCCAGAAGGAGAGUUUAUCAUCAGUGUUGGUUCUGAUCAAACUACUAGACUCUUUGCUCCGUGGAAAAGAAAACAUGAGACAGAGGUUACCUGGCAUGAAAUUGCAAGGCCUCAAGUACAUGGAUAUGACAUGCGUUGUUUGGCAAUGGUCGGUCGGUUUCAGUUUGUGUCAGGAGCAGAUGAAAAAGUGCUUCGAGUUUUUCGUGCUCCCAAGAAUUUUAUAGAAAAUUUCAGUAACAUCACUGGUAUUCCGAUGGAAAAGCUGUGCUCCCAUAUUCAGCAGUCAUCUGAUCUUCCAGAAGGUGCAACUGUACCAGCUUUAGGAUUAUCCAAUAAAGCUGUUUUUGAAGGAGAUAUGGCUGUUCAACCAGGUGAGGAUGAAGAAACAUUUAAUACCAUUUCGAAUCAGUAUCCUGAGAUUUAUUUUCAACCCUUGAUCCUUACAGAACCUCCUCCAGAAGAUCACUUGCUGCAGAAUACCUUGUGGCCUGAAAUUCAGAAGUUAUAUGGACACGGAUAUGAAGUUUUUUGUGUUGCUUGCGAUAAUUCAAACACUCUAAUUGCCUCAGCAUGUAAGGCUUCCAAAAAAGAACAUGCAGCAAUUAUUUUGUGGAGCACUUCUUCUUGGAAAAAACUGCAGAGUUUGAUGUUUCACAAUCUGACUGUUACUCAGCUGGUAUUUUCUCCUAAUGAUAAAUAUCUGUUAGCGGUUUCUAGAGACAGAAAUUGGUCACUGUGGAGGAAACAAGACUCAUCAGACUCAGGACCAGUUUUCAGUUGCUGUGCAUACACAGACAAAAAUACAGCUGUUCACAGUCGAAUCAUUUGGUCUUGUGAUUGGACACCAGAUAGCAAGUAUUUUGUUACUGGCAGUCGGGACAAAAAGGUCAUUAUCUGGGGCCAGUGCAAUGUGUCUGUGACUACUGAAGAGAAUAUGUUGGAUACUAUCAAGCCUUGUUCAGCAGUACUGGAUGCUGGGGAUUCUGUUACUGCUGUUAGUGUCAGCCAUGUGCUUACACCUGAUGGAAGAUACAUUAUUGCAGUAGGCUUAGAGAAUGGGAAGAUUUUCUUGUACACAUGGAAGCAGAGUGGGCAAGAACCAGCACUAGCUGAUUGGACCAUGUCUGUUGAGAUGGAUAACAGCCAAAGUCAUGCUCUUGCUGUGAAACGUUUAUGUUGGAGACAUCACGCAGGCAGAGCUGGACAUAAUGAUCAGAACAGCAGUGAGUGGUUGCAGCUUGCAAGUUGUGGAGCGGAUCACUGUGUUAAGAUAUUCAAUGUCAACAGAUUUGCUCUUUAGCAAAGGCAGCAGGCUUGUCUUUGCAAAACAGAUUCACAACAUUUUAUUUCAGCUUUUAGCCAUUUUGAUUGUUGAAUUUUGUUUUCUGCUGUGGGAAGCGAAGCAUCUGAUGUGUACCUUAUUAAAGCAACUUUUUUUGUGGUAGCUUAAAAUGUCAAAUGUGUUUCUAAUUCUGCUGUUCCAGGAAUAUGAAGUAUUUUAUAUGUUUUGGUUGGUGAAUAUCCUGGAACCGAGGGAUGGGAGGUGAGGUGGGUCAUGGGAGGGUAAUGAGACACCUUUGUUCACUGUGACUCCAAGGGUAGGUGGGAAGCUGCCAGUACUUAGGUUCUUCUGUGCUUGGGAUUACGAGUGGAGUACUGAAUUGUUCUGAACUCCUUAUUCUUAUUAAACUCAAGGAGUUUUAAUAUCUGCAUGCUUGGGCAGGCCUGCUUGUUUGUUUUUCCUGGCUAUAUUCAUCUUUUUUCUGCUGUGGAAAGUUCUGGGCUCAUGCUUCUUGGUCACAUGGGGCUUAAAGCCUAACUCACAGACCACUUAAAUCUUCUGGUGUCUCCCCUCUGUGCCUGUGAGGCCUUUCUGAGCAAAGUGCUAUAGAAGAGCACCUCUUACUCUGCUUGGCUGUACUCUGCAGUCCAGGCUGGAAGAGCUUACAGGUAUCAGUUGUCAGGAGCUGAAAGGUGGCAGCCAUUCCUUAUAUUGCCUUUGGACUCUUUUGGACUUUUGAGUGCUCCUUACCUUUCUGGUGAGAAGCUGAACCAGUUAACCUUAUUUGUCUGAUUGUCCUGUAAUUUAAAUAGAAUGACAAUAGAUGACUAGGGUUGGAAGGGAUCUUAAAGAUCAUCUACAUCAAAGCCCCAUUUAACCUGCCCUUGAAUACUUCCAGGGAUGAGGCUUCCACAGCUUCCCUGGGCAAUGUGUUCCAGUCUCUCACAACACUUAAUAGUGAAGAAUUUCCUCCUAAUGUCUAAUAAAAAUCUCCCCUCUUCAAGUUUUAAUCCAUUCCCCCUCGUCCUCUUGCUACAUGCCCUUGUAAAAAGUCCCUCCCCAGCUUUCCUGUGGGAAAGUGUGACCUGCUGUCCACACUUCAUUUGGUGCAGCUCAGGACACAGUUGGCAUUCUGGGCUGCAGGUGCACAUUACUGGCUCAUGUUGAGCUUCUUACCAACCAUCACCCCCAGGUCCUUCUCCUCAGGGCUGUUAUUGAUCCAUUCUCCACACAGCCUGUAUUUGUGCAUGAGAUUCCCUCGACCCAGGUGCAGAACCUCAUACUUGGCCAACAGACCUCAGCAGGUCUGUCUUUAGUUCCAGAAUCUAAUUAGAAAUCAGUGAAACUUCAGGAUGGAAAUUAUUUUUGUUCAGAAUCAAUUGCUACUCAAACUGGUAGUGCAGAAAUCAUUGGAAUUGUUCUUAACUGCUUACAUCUUUAGCUGAAGUACACAGUUUGUACAUAGUGGGCUACUUUUGAGAGUAAUGGUAAUUUGUUGUAAAGGUUUUUAUACUUUAGCUUUUUAUUUUCAAUUCUGUUUUUCAGCAUUAAAAAAAAUAAUUCUGUAAAAGGGGAAUAUAAUCCUGACUUCUUAAUAAAGUUACUGUGCUACGUUUUA